AUGUUUCUGCUUAUCCCCGGGUCGGCCGUCGUGGGAAUUAUUCUCUCCAAAACUGGCCGCUACUGCCCCCUACACGCCGUAGGCUUUGUCCUGAGCACACUCGGGCCCGGGCUCAACGUUCUUCUGGACAAGGAUACGCACGCGGGCGUCUGGGCCAUGCUUCAGAUAGCAGAUGCCGUAGGGGGCAGCUUUCUCCUCCCAACUCUUCUGCCCGCGGUGCUGGCAAGUUUGCCUGAAAAGGACGUUGCCAGCACCACCGGCAUGUACUCGUUCUUGCCGAGCUUUGGCUACGUAUGGGACAUCACGAUCCCCAGCAUCACGUUUCAAAACCGGUUCGACGCUGUUUCCUACCAGAUAUCGGAUCCCGCCGUGAGAUGUGCCCUCGGGGGCGGCAGGGCAUCCGAGCUUUCAACCGGGGCCUUUGUGCAGGCGUUGCUGCAGCCCGUCAAGUCCCAGAUCUUGGAUGCGUACCUCGAGACACUCAAGGCGGUCUGGCACGGUGCCAUGGCGUUUGGGGCCACAGCACUCAUCGCAGUGGCGGUUGAAAAACAUGUGCCACUAAGAACCGAGUUGGGAUCCAAGUACUAG